CCCCGCGGCUCCGCCCGCUCCGCUCGCCCUGCCCACGAGGCGGGACGCGGCGCUGCCCCUCGUGCGGGCGGCACUGCGGGGCGGGGGUCACCAUGGGCAGCAAGAUGGCGGCGGCCACUCGGGUCGUGCAGGUAGUGAAGCCACAUACUCCGCUGAUUAAGUUUCCAGACAGAAAAAGCGGUCCCAGGCCUAAAAUACAGGAAUCUCUACAAGCAAGUGUUCCGUCACCUCAUGCUUCAAAUGAAGCCUUUCAAAAUAUUUCACCUGCUAGUAGGGCACAUGGUGCACCAGACACUUCUGAAUUAGCAAGAAUCUUACCUCAAAAAUACAGAAGGAAACUUAUGUCAGCUGAAGAGAUUGAAUAUAUUCAACGUGGAGGUCCAGAAUAAGUACGGAAGAUAUUUGCCACCAACAGAUAUCACCACUGUUGAAGAAAGAAGUAUUGUGUUCAUCAUAAAAGCUUUUCCUUAAUAUUAUAAAUAAUGGUAUACUGAUAGCUUUAAUAAAAACCCUAUGUGAAGGUGUAAAGGUUGACACAGCA